UUUGCACCCUCCCUCUCUCUCCACUUCAAGCAAGAGAUUUUGCACACUGACUCUCAUGACAGUUCCUCUUAUCUGUCUGUCACACAGCCACCUCGUCUAUCCAAGACAAUAUUUACCUAAUUUUACUAACUCCUUGAUUGCUUUCACAACUUUCUUUUUUUUCAUGGCGUGUCUUUCAACAUUUCCUCCAUCUUCUACCAACUUACCAAACAUUGGGAGAAACCAUUUGGGUGAAAAACUUUUUUUUCUGGGCUCUGGAUAUUUUUUGCACACCUCACAAGUGGUGAGAAGAAACUAAGGUGGAGUUGUUGUUUUCUUUUCUCGGUUUGAACAACUGACAGCUUUGUUGAUUUCAAAGCUUCAACGUUUUUGUUUUGUUUUUGAAGCGCCUCGGAUUUCACACCGCUUGCUUGCCAUCCCCUGUCAAAGGGUUUGUGGUGGUGUGUGAGAGGGCCACGAGAAGAGCUUGGGUGUGUGUGUGUCUGUGUGUGUGUGUGUGUGACAGAGAGAGAGAGAGAGAGAGAGAGAGAGAGAGAGAGAGAGAGAGAGAGAAAAAGAGAGACAGGCAGGAAAACACACAUACGACCACCAGAGAAGAGGAUUUCCCCAAUGGAGCCAUAGGACUAUCAGGGGGACCACAGCAGAUGCUCAAGAGGGUAUCACUCCUCCAUCGCAGUGCUGAGAAGAGUGGAGGCCCACCAUGAUCCGAAAGGAGGCUAAGAGGAAGUCUCGUCAGGAGAGCGUGACGGGCCUGAAGUGUCGUCGUCCGGUGCAGCGGCGGAUGACGUGCCCCAGCCCCCAGGAGAUCCAGCAGGCCCUGCAGUCCCCCGGGCCCAACUCGCUCAUCAGCGCCGCCUGCCUGGACGAGCUCAUCCAGCGCUGCCUGCACUGCUUUGAUGCUGAGGGCAAGCUGUGCAGAGGGACCCAAUUUGUCCACAUGACUCUGAUGAUGCACAGCUGGGUGGUGCCAUCCCAGACCUUCGCCAAUAAACUCCUCUCCAUUUACAAAGACCCUGUGGACAAGAAAGGACUGAGACGGGCACAAAUGUAUCAUUUCAUAAGGCAAUGGAUCAAUAAGUUUCCGGUGGUGUUUGAAGAGGACCCCCUACUGAGGGAGCUGAUGGGGGACUUCUGGGAGCCCAUGAGGGCUGCAGGGAAGGACUCUCCCCCCUGCCCACUCAUCGACACCUCUUACCUUAACACUCCAGCGAACCUGCCUCAGGUGCCAUCCCCCUCGGUGAAGAAGAGGAAAGUCUCCCUGCUUUUUGACCACAUGGAGCCAGAAGACAUGGCCAAACUUCUUACGGAACUGGAGUUCAGGAACUUCUGUAAUGUCUCAUUUCUGGAUUAUCGCAGUUAUGUGGUGCACGGUUCCGUGCGGGACAACCCUGCUCUGGAGCGCUCGGUGAUGCUCUGUAAUGGAGUCUCUCAGUGGGUACAGCUGAUGAUCCUCAACAGACACACAGCACAGCAGCGCUCAGAGGUCUUCACAAAGUUCACACAAGUGGCUCAGAAGCUGCGCUCUCUUCAGAAUUUCAACACUCUAAUGGCCGUGAUAGGAGGCCUCUGUCACAGCUCCAUAUCUCGCCUCAAAGACACUGCAAGCUUGCUCUCCUCUGACGUCAUUAAGGCGCUGAGUGAAAUGGCUGAGCUCCUGUCGUCCCUCAGUAACUAUGGUAACUACCGCCGCGUGUACAGCGAGUGCACGGGAUUCAAGGUGCCUAUCUUGGGAGUACACCUAAAGGACUUGAUUUCAUUAAACGAGGGAUUGCCCGACUAUGUGGAGAACGAUAAGAUCAACGUGGGCAAGCUGCAGCAUUUGUACAGCAACAUCAGUGAACUACUAGCCAUUCACGAGUGCAAGAUGCCUUUCGUCCCCAACAAGGACCUUCUACCACUCCUCACUCUGUCUCUUGACCUUUAUUACACUGAAGAUGAGAUCUACGAACUCUCCUAUGCCAAGGAGCCCAAAAACCCCAAAAUCCAGGCUAAUCCCCUCUGCUCUCCGCAGCCAGCCACCCCAGUGGACCCCCCCGCGGUGGCAGAGUGGGGCUCGUGCGCACCCCCCAGGCUGGACCCCAACAGGAUCUCCAAGCACGUCAAGCAGAUGGUGGACUCCAUCAUGAAGAACUACGACCUGAACAUGGACGGCUACAUCUCCAGGGAGGACUUCAACAAGAUUGCCGGAAACUUCCCCUUCUCUUUCUGCAUGCACGAGUCAGACAGGCAAGGGGAAAUAAGCCGGCAGGAGAUCAUGUCCUACUUCAUGAGGGGUAUGUCUAUCUGUGCCAAACUUGGCUACAAUGGCCUCCAAAACCUGCACAACUUCCAUGAGACAACCUACAAGAAACCCACCUUUUGCGACACCUGUGGCGGAUUUCUUUGGGGAGUCCUCAAGCGAGGUUAUCACUGCAAAGACUGUGGUGUUAACUGUCAUAAACAAUGCAAGGACCAUGUGACCAUGGAAUGCCAGAAGAAGUUCAAGCAGUCUUCAGGAGGCUCCUGUCCACCCACACCGGGCCCCAACAGCAGAUCCAAGGGCAACAGCUGGAGUUCAGAGGACGAGGCAUUUGUUUUCCCACAAGGAAACGGGUCUGAGAACAGCAAGGGCCUAAACGCUGAGGAUAGCAACUCCGACUACUCAGGCCAUAGCACUUAUCCUUACACUGACUUUGGCGUUUGGGCACCUGAAGAGGUGACGAAGAACCACACGGAUAUGCACACUUUACCGGCCUUUAUAGCACAGAACUCUUCGUGGCAAUCUCGAUCUUCGCUGGGAUCGUCGCUGCCUGAGUCGUCACUACGGGAGAAAAUGUCUGAGUUGAGACUUCAGAGGGACAAGAGCCGGGAACCUGACUGACUCAGCCUGAAAAACGGGUAACACUUAACUUGACGCCGGUGUCAUAAACAUGUCAUGACAGUGUAAUAAUAGUGUCAUGACACAGUCAUAGAUAAGUCAUAAACAUUAUGUCCAUGUCAUAAACAUUUUAUGACAUUCGGUUAUGGCAAAGACAAACUUGGGUAUGCAUAACUGUGCCAUGACACUAUUAUGACACUGUAAUGACAUUCUUUUGACACUGGCGUCAAGUAAAGUGUUACCAAAAAACGUACACCUCUGUCAAAGCAUGGACAUAUUGGGUUACAUCUGCAUUCACUCUGAGGACAAACCUAAUGUCCUCUGUAUGAGGGACCCUAUUCAUGGAUCAAGGCAUUUAUUCUGUACACUGAAUGAACAUUUUUCUCAACACUUAAAAAAAUCUCAGUCUCAACUAUGUGUAGCUUCUUUUCAAGGGCUACUAUUAACCUACUUGCCUGGAAAAAAAAUAUCACAAAGGACCAUGAACUUUUAAGUGAUGUCUGAACUAACUUUAAAUUCUAACCUUGAAAUGGAACUCAAUGGAAGACAAUGACUUAAAGGACCAUCUCAUCUUCUGCCUUCGAACCAAGCCUGUUCAUUGGCCAUGGAGGACAAGUUAACUGGAGCACAUGUGCAGGACAAUGAUGAGCAUCUUUUACACUGUGAUUCUUAAAAAGGAAUGUAAAAAAGGGACACUUUACCUUGACUUGAAUGCAUUUACUACUAGCACUUCCAAGGGGCAAUAAUAGCGAUGGCAACAACUCAUGAAUGGUACUACUGAAAGGUCCACACUGUUGGGAGGACAAAAUAGUUGCGACACAUCAUAGUCUAAUUAUAGUGAUGCUGGAGGUACUGAUGCUGGAGGUGAUUAUACGUCUAAGCUCAGUAUAAUGUCAGAGUGCCUUUAUGUGAUCAGCGCUCUUGGAGACGAAUGUUUCCAAAAGUAAUGUAUCGUGCAGAUUUUGUGUUUGUGUGUGUGUGUUUGUUUGUUUGUGUUAUAAAUUGUGCCUAAACCACUGGUAGUUGAUGGGAAACGUUCACAAUCUAUAAGUUAAAUGCAAGAAAAUGGGAUAAAGAAAAAUAAAUAAAUAAACAACUUGGA